UGCGCCUCGCCGCCCACCUACCGCCCGCCGCCGGUACAUGCAUUCAUGUAAUGACCACGGCCAAAAGGUAAAACCAAAUGCGGUGCAGGCAGAGAGCGCGGCACACGGAGUGACUGCCCAUGGCGCACGGACGCCACCGGCCUCCGCUGUCGCCCUCAAGCCCGCAUUAAUACGCGUGCCAUCACCACCAGUAAGAGUUACUGCCGCCCGCGCCGAAACCCCCCUUCCCUUCCCGGCUUCCCCUGCCUGCCCGCCACUGCCAUUCUUGAUUCCUUCUUCCACCCCACCUCGCCCUGAUCCAGUGGUACGGCCAAGAACCAACCAAAUGGCGUCGGCGCGCCGCCUGCUGCAGACCUACCCCGGCCAGUUCCAGGCCGCCGAGCCGCCCGACGCCCUCGGCGCCGACUCCGACGUCGUGGUCAUCCUCGCCGCGCUGCUCUGCGCGCUCCUCUGCGUCGUCGGCCUCGCCGCCGUCACCGGCUGCGCGCGCUCCCGGCGCGGCGCCGGGGGCGCCAGAUCCGCCGCCCCCGACGCGGCCGCGCCGAGCAAGGGGCUCAAGAAGAGGGCGCUCAUGGCGCUGCCGAGGCUGGCGUACGAGGACGCCGUCGCGGCGCGCGGGGCCAUGGCCGGGGAGGAGCGGGAGGGGGUCCUCCUCUCGGAGUGCGCCAUCUGCCUGUCGGAGUUCGCCGACAAGGAGGAGAUCCGCGUGCUGCCGCAGUGCGGCCACGGCUUCCACGUCGCCUGCGUCGACGCCUGGCUCCGCGCGCACUCCUCCUGCCCUUCCUGCCGCCGCGUCGUCGUCGUCGUCGUCGCCGACGCCGCGCCACGCGGGAUGCCGCCCCCGCCCAAGCGGUGCCGCAAGUGCGAGGCCAUGGAGGAGGCCUCCUCUUCCUCCUCGUCGGCCGCCGCCCAAUUCUUGCCUUGACAUGCUCCAGCGAGCGCGUCCCGGCCUGGACAUGGCAUGGAAGGGAUAACAACGGACGUGUAUGUGAAUGGGUGAGUGUGAGCUUGACACCGAUGCCUCCACAUUCUCUUUGACGUGACUGGCCUGUUCCAUGGACUCGUCAAGUAGGUUUUCACUCUGAAAUUUCGUUGAAUUCCAGUAGACACUGGAGUCAAAAUAUUUCAGCAUUUUCAGCA